AUGAAAUGCUUUUCUUGCCUGGCUUGAAAUAACCGUUAAAUGAAAUGGUAUAAAUUAACGCCGUAUAAGUUAAAUGGAAAGCAACCAAAGAAGUCAAAGUUUAAACCCCCGAGGAACUAUCACGAACGCUACACAAUGGGUCUUUCUGAGGUGAUGAAAUUUGGUGAGUUAGUAACAGUUUUCUCCGUCCUCUUCCUCGUCACAUUUUCCAUGGGUGACGGCGCACCACAAUGGCGGCCGCAGGGACGGUUUGGGAAGCGUCUCGACCAGAGAUUCCCGUCUCCAUGGCAACAGAUUUCCGGCACAGAUAAAGACAUCGACGUUUAUCCCGUUUUGGAAGAACAGACGGAUGUACAGGCCAACAAUGUGGACAAUAUCAUCAAUGUGUUAAAGAAAGUCUGUGUGGAGAGCAACGUACCGGGACUAUUUAAAUGCUACAGGAGGACGGAUUCCGGAUUUCGAUCUUCUUCAGGGCAGCCAUGAUGUGAUUUGUCCAUUUAUAAGACAAUAACUCAACAAAGACUUAAAGCACGUUCUAUUAUUUGAAAAUUAAAAUUAGGCAGUUAUUGCGUCCAAUUACACAGAGAGGAAAACCGUGUUCUAAGUAGCAACGAAAUUGUGAUAUCUUCAGUGUUAAAUUUCAAUUCAAUUUCCUGUGUUUCUGCAUCCAAUAAACGACAUUCUACAAAGUAUAAUGUAAAUAAUCUCAUUUAAAGAGAGCACUCGAAUUUCUGUAUCUAAUCGUUGCAUAUUAUUCAAUUAUUUCAGCCAAAUAUUCGUUCGAGAAACUUUUUGUUGACGUCAAUUUGAAAUAAAAGACGUUUUUGAAAGUUG